AGAUUACAUGCUGAAGUGAAGCUGCUUUAAUGCUUUUUUGUAUUUGGGGAAUCUCCAUUCUGCACGGAAUGUACAAACUUGGAAGUCGUUAGCACAGGCUGUGGAAAUGAGGGGCUGGAUUUUGUAAGACUUGUCACACUCUCUGUAAGAAUGAAAUGAAUGCUUCUGAAACUGAGAUAUAAGCCUACUAGACAAAUAAGAGGUUAGUAGAUACCUGAGGUCUAUCUGUGCCGUAUCAGCUUUGAGGGAAGCCUUUUCUGUCUUCUAUCAACAGGAAGAGAAGACAGUCUGUGAACAAACUGCAUCAUGAACUGGGCAUUUCUCCAGGGCCUGCUCAGUGGGGUCAGCAAAUACUCUACCGCAUUUGGGAGAGUGUGGUUGUCCAUCGUUUUCCUCUUCAGGGUCAUGGUGUUUGUGGUGGCGGCUGAGAAGGUGUGGGGAGACGAGCAGAAGGACUUCAGCUGCAACACGGCUCAGCCGGGAUGUCACAACGUUUGCUAUGACCACUUCUUCCCCGUGUCCCACAUCAGGCUGUGGGCCCUGCAGCUCAUCUUCGUCACCUGCCCCUCGCUCCUGGUGGUGAUGCAUGUGGCCUACAGGGAGGACAGGGAGCGAAAGUACAGGGAAAAGCGUGGUGAUGCCCGCCUCCGUCUGUACCGUGACACUGGAAAGAAGCGCGGAGGCCUGUGGUGGACCUACGUACUCACGCUGGUCUUUAAAAUAGGAGUGGAUGCUACCUUUGUCUACCUUCUCUACCACAUCUAUGAGGGCUAUGAUUUCCCCUCGCUCCUCAAGUGCAGGGAGGCGCCAUGCCCCAACACAGUGGACUGCUUCCUGUCCCGCCCUACCGAGAAGAGAAUUUUCACCCUCUUCAUGGUGGUCACCAGCCUAGUCUGCAUCCUUCUCUCCAUGUUCGAGGUCAUCUAUCUGGUGGGAAAACGUUGCUUCGAGUUUUCUUCUGGGGACAAUCGCUCUAACCGGAUACAGACCACCGCGCUGUCCAGUGGAUCCAAUCUGGUGGAAUUGAACGCUCAAAAGUUCAAGGGAAAAAGCAAACCAGAUACUCCUGCACCCUCAUACUACAUUGUUGUAUCAUGAGGCACAACAGGAAAAACUUUCUGAAAGAACACAAAGACAAGGAGGAAGCAAAGCUUGCACUCCUUGCUGCUUGAAAAGACUUGUUAAUAUAAAUUAACUUCCUGAAAAACAUAAUUUUUGUGUAGAGCUUGAAUUUCUGGACCAGAAAAUAUGUCAUGCUGUUGGUAUUGAAAAUGACUUUUAACAGAAGAACCACUACUGCUUUUGUAAAAAAAAAAAAAAAAACGUGUUUUUCUGGCUGAUUUAGCCUAGACAUCAGAAGCAUGAGUCACUCCUCAGCUUGGCAAGUUUUACCAGCACAUGUGGUUUCUCUGGGUACGAUUUUCCUUGUGCUAAGCCCAACUUCAAAUGAUCAGCCUCUGGUUUCCCCUUUCACUCAGACCCUAAGGGUGGACUCUUCAAGCAUAUUUUUGUGUUUGUUGAUGUCGUGUUGUGUUGCUGUAUUCAUGCCGGGGUGCCCGGCAGAUGCAAGUAUGUGGUUUUUGUAAACACAGCUGAUCAGGAUGUGUAUAUUUUACAGUGUUGAAUAUUCACAUAAUAUUUGUUCAUAUUUUGUAAUAAAUAUUUUAUGCUUUGAAA